AUGAGAAGUGAUCAAGUGAUGAACGUGAAGCUGUGCCUGGGAAAAAUAAUCAACGUGGGAUGUGCCUAUGCACCUCAGGUCGGCUGUGGUGAGGGGGAGCAGGCAGCUUUCUGGGUGCAAGUAGAUCUAAAGCUAAGUGCAGCCCCAGCGGGAGAGAAGUUGAUCCUCGGAGGUGAGAGAGAAGUGGUGGAGAGAGUGCGUGUAGGAUGGGGUGUUGGAGAGCGAAAUGGAGAAGGGGAGAGGGUGUUGGAUGUGGCUAUGGCUUUUGACUUGGCCAUAUGCAAUACAAUCUUCAAGAAAAGGGAGAGGGAGUAUAUGAACUUCAAAAGUGGAGACAGGGAAAGUGAGGCUGAAAAAUUAGUUUAA